UCAGUUUUGAACCUGUUCGUGUUGUGAGUGCAAAGUAAACGUGGAAACCCCGACAAAACAAAUAUAAAACGCCGGCAUUCCCAAAUGCCCGUACAAAACCAGACUAUAUAUACUUCUUCAAUUAUAAGAAAUCAACCAAAAAUUUACUUAAGAGCUGUUCGUACAUAUUUGCAAACAUUUUCCAAUUGGCAGUGAAAACAUCUAUAUUAAAAAUAAAAAAAACAACCCUUCAAGUUUGAACUUUGAAUGGUGCUGCUGCAAGUGCGCGACAAAAAAUUGAAAAUUGCCAAACGCGCGCCCAAAAUCGUCGAUAAACUGUGUUAUCUCAGCAAGCUGCAAUUAACUCGAGUUUUCUUCUUCCUGAAUAGCCUGAAUCUAAGCUUUGUAGACAUGGCCUUACCACAGGGUGCUUUUGCCGCUUGCAAGGUGCGCGAGCAGUUCCAGGAACGAGAUAUGAUCAUCUCCCGUUUGCGAGCUGCCAAUGUCACUGAUAAGGCUGAUAACAAUAUGCAACGCGAAUACUCGCCGGUCAAGUAUAAUGACAAACUGAUGAACUCCAUUUGGGGAUUGUACAAUCGCUACUCCCCCCACAAUGUCAAGAAGAACGAGUACGCACCGCCAAAGUUCUGAAUAAUCUUACGGCGGCUCAGCAGCUUUUUGUGAGCUGUUGCGCCUCCGUUGCCAAUGCCUAACUACAUUUAUAUAUGUUAUUUAGUCAUUGGCUUUCUUUGUGCUUUUUGCACACAUGUAUCACUUACUUAAUCUCAGCAUACAUAUUUACUCACUUAUCCAAUAGCUGAUUAAGCUAUAUAAAUUCAAAACAAUCGAAUGUUAUUAAUUAACAAAUUUUUAAUCAUUCGCAUCUAUGUAAAAUUCAAUAAAUACUCGUGAUAUGUUAUAUAAUGUAA